AUGGUCCCAAACUCGAACUACGUGUCUUCUUCUGCUACGCCUCCUACAGAUCCAAUGACAGAGUAUGCGAUGGAGAUUCCUCUAGUGCCCCCUAGCAGGAUGCUCCUCCACCACCACCCGUCAUCCGAUUUGCACCAAACAAUAAUGCUUACACAUAGGAGAUUUCCGAGGUCAUUAAGUCAAUAUAUGACCAACCGUGGUCGAGCUACACAAAGAUUCUUGAUAAGACCAGAGAGUGAUGGUUUUAGAAAUGGGCGGAAGAUCUACGACCACCAGACAGUUAAACAACUUCAGCAGAUGAUGAAUGACGCCUUUGCCUACAAAAGAAUGCCUUUUGGUCUGUGUAAUGCACCUGUAACUUUUCAAAGAUGCAUGCUAUCCAUCUUCUUUGAUAUGGUAGAGAAGUUCCUGGAAGUCUUCAUGGAUGACUUCUCAGUAUAUGGAGACUCAUUCAGCUCCUGUCUUAAUCAUCUAGCACUUGUCCUGAAAAGAUGCCAAGAGACUAACCUGGUCUUAAACUGGGAGAAAUGUCACUUCAUGGUGACUGAAGGAAUUGUCCUAGGAUUUUACAGAAGGUUCAUAAAGGACUUUUCAAAAAUUGCAAAACCUCUAAGCAACCUGCUUGCUGCCGACAUGCCAUUUGUGUUUGACACAAAGUGUCUGCAGGCGUUCGAGACCCUGAAAGCCAAGCUGGUCACAGCACCAGUCAUCUCUGCACCAGAUUGGACAUUACCAUUAGAACUAAUGUGUGAUGCCAGUGACCAUGCCAUUGGUGCAGUGUUGGGACAGAGUCGUGUUCUAAAUGAUGCACAGAAGAAUUACACAACCACAGAAAAAGAGUUACUUGCAGUGGUUUAUGCCAUUGACAAGUUUAGAUCCUAUUUAGUAGGGUCAAAAGUGAUUGUGUACACUGACCAUGCUGCUCUUAAAUACUUACUCACAAAGCAGGAUUCAAAACCCAGGCUCAUAAGGUGGGUGUUGCUUCUGCAAGAGUUCGAUAUAGAGAUAAGAGACAAAAAAGGGACAGAGAACCAGGUAGCUGAUCAUCUGUCCCGAAUAGAACCAGUAGCUGGGGAGUCCCUCCCCUCUAUUGAGAUCUCUGAGACCUUUCCAGAUGAGCAACUCUUUGCUAUUCAGGAAGCUCCAUGGUUUGCAGACGUUGCAAACUAUAAAGCUGUAAGGUUCAUACCCCAAGAGUACAACAGAAUGCAAAGAAAAAAAAAAUUAAUUUCAGAUAUUGAAUUGUUUGAUGUAUGGGGUAUUGACUUCAUGGGUCCUUUCCCACCAUCAUACUCAAACACGUAUAUUCUGGUGGCAGUAGACUAUGUAUCUAAAUGGGUAGAAGCAAUUGCCACUCCCAAUAAUGAUACUAAGACCGUGUUAAAAUUCCUCCAGAAACACAUCUUCAGUAGGUUUGGUGUUCCCAGAGUACUAAUCAGUGACGGGGGCACUCAUUUCUGCAAUAAACAGCUGUAUUCUACUAUGAUCCGAUAUGGAAUUAGCCACAAAGUAGCAACUCCGUAUCAUCCACAUACAAAUGGGCAAGCUGAAGUCUCUAAUAGAGAGCUAAAAAGAAUCCUGGAACGGACUGUUAUUGCCCGUAGAAAGGAUUGGGCAAAGAGCUUGGAUGAUGUUCUAUGGGCAUACAGAAUAGCAUUCAAGACUCCUAUAGGAACCUCUCCGUACCAACUUGUGUAUGGUAAGGCCUGUCAUCUGCCCUUAGCUGGUGAAAAAAGAUUGCUCCAGCUAAAUGAGCUAGAGGAGUUCAGACUUAGUGCCUUUAAAAAUGCAAAAAUUUAUAAGGAAAAGGCAAAGAAAUGGCAUGACAAG